AACAAUCAUUAUUAUCAUAAGAUUUGGAUUAUAAUCAUGAUUGUUAAAUGAAUGAUUCCUCUUUACUUGAAUAGUAAACUUUAUCUACUAAAGUUUAGAUGAUAAGGAUAACAAUGAUCAAUGAAAUUUGAAAUCAAUUCAAUGAAUUCAAUAGAUUCAAUAAGAAAUAAAUUAUUAUUACCUACAGUCAUAUCAAAUCGUAUAUCAUCUAUUCAAUCCAUUUUAAAAGAUACGACUUAUCAAAAUACUAAAAUGUUUAUGUCACAUGAAGAAGCCCUAGUUACAUUAACUGAAAGAACAUCUUAUCCAAUAUUACAAGAGAAUGGUCAACGUUGUUAUGGUCCACCACCAAAUUGGUUAGGACCAAAACCACCAAAAGGUUGUGAAAUAUUUAUUGGGAAAAUACCACGUGAUUGUUAUGAAGAUGAAUUAGUUCCAAUAUUUGAAUUAGUUGGUCAAAUUUAUAUGUUUCGUUUAAUGAUGGAUUUUAAUGGAUUAAAUCGUGGUUAUGGUUUUUGUUUAUAUACAAAUCGUGAAGAUACUAAACGAGCUGUGAAUGAAUUAAAUUAUUAUGAAAUACGUAAAGGUAAAAUGUUAGGUGUUUGUUAUAGUAUUGAUAAUUGUCGUUUAUUUAUUGGUGGUAUACCAAAAACAAAAACAAAACAUGAAAUAAUGUUAGAAAUAUCCAAAGUAACUGAUGGUGUAAAAGAUGUUAUUGUUUAUUCAAGUAUAGAAGAUAAAACAAAAAAUAGAGGAUUUGCAUUUAUUGAAUAUGAAAAUCAUAAAACAGCUGCAAUGGCUAGACGUAAAUUAAUACCUGGACGAAUUCAUUUAUGGGGGCAUCAAAUUGCAGUGGAUUGGGCAGAACCAGAACGUGAAGUUGAUGAAAAUAUCAUGUCAAAAGUCCGUAUACUAUACGUCAGAAAUUUAAUGUUAGAUACAACAGAAGAUGCGGUAAAGGAUCAUUUCAAUCAAGCAAUUAAUUCAAUUAAUGCUGUUGAACGUGUUAAAAAAAUUCGUGAUUAUGCUUUUGUGCACUUUCGUGAUCGAUUAGAUGCUGUUGCAGCGUUAAAUCAAUUAAAUGGUACUUUACUUGAUGGAGCACAAAUUGAAGUGUCAUGGGCAAAACCUGUCAAUAAAAAUGAUAAUUUAAGAACAAGUCAUCAUUCUCAAUCAAUUUUAACAAUCAAUUCAAACUAUACUAAUCAUAAUAACAGUAGUAUUAAUUAUAAUAAUAUAAGUUUAUCAGAAUAUACUCAAAAACAAGCCUUAUCAUUGUUCUCAACAUCAUCAUCAUUAUCAUCUUUGUCAUUAGUCGGUUCAUCUAAUACAUUCAUCAUACCGUCAACUUCAUCAGAACUAUACUAUUCGAAUGCAUUAACAAAUAAUAUACCUUUACAACAAUUACAUCAUUCUAACUUAUAUCCUUUUACAUCAAUAAUUAAUCAGUCAAUCAUAACAUCUAGUUCAUAUUAUACUCCAAAUGUGUUCACACAAACCACUCUAUAUAAACAUCAAACUCAAUCUAAUCCAUUAUUUAAUCAUACUAUGAAUCCUAAUUCAUUAUUAUCCAAUUAUACCAUUUCUUCAUCAUUACCAUCAUCAUCAUCAUCUAUGAUGUCCAUUGUUAACUCAAUGAAUACAUUGUCUACAAUGAAACAUUCUCAUCAUGAUAACAGUAAUAAUAACAAUAAUAAUAAUAAUAAUAAUAAUAAUAAUAAUAAUAAUAAUAAUAAUAAUAAUAAUUUAAUCAAUAAUAAUUUAAUCAAUAAAUCAAUCAAUCACAAACCAUCAUUAACAUUGAAUCAAAUUUAUUUAAAUGAAUUAUGUCAUACAAUUUCGAAAAUGAACAUUGAAAACAAUAAAAUUGUAAAUGAUUCAAUAUUGAAUACAGAAUAUAAACAAUUAAAACAAGAUCCAUUGAAUCAAAUAAUGUUGAAAAAAUGUAAUAUAUUAAAUUCAAAGAAAGAAAUUAGUUCUUUUGAUACAAAUGCUUCACUACUUUCAAAUCAAAAGAAUUCAAACGAUUGUUCGUUCGUUUUAAAUACUGAAAGUGUUAACCGAUUGAAUAUUGACCAUUCCAGUAUAGAUGGUCAGCAGAUAAAAAAUGCUAAUAAAUUAUUAAUAGAUAUUUGUAUCAAAAAUGGACUUGGUUUGCCAAACUUUACUAUCUUGACACAAAGUUGUAUUGAUCAAAUCUAUGGAAAAAGAAUGAAUUUAUACAUUGGACAAGUCUUUUUACCAAUUAUCAAUCGUCAAUUCACUUCUAAGUAUCCAUCAAUCACUAUAGAAAAAUCAUUACAAUCAGUUAGUGAAUUAGCAAUUAUUUGGCUAGUAAAUGAUUAUUUUAUACGCAAUAAUAAUAAUAAUAAUAAUAAUAAUAAUAAUAAUAAUAAUAAUAAUAAUAAUAAUGGUAUCUAUAGUAAUGGUGAUCGUUAUAGUUUAUCUAAUGUUAACAAAGUUAUACAUAUUGAUCAUCAAUAUGAAGAUAAGUUUUUCAAUUCUUCUAAUCAUGAUUUGAUCAUGUGUAGUAUGAAUGAUAAGAGUAAUAAUAUUCAUUCAACUACAUCAUUGAAUUACACUAAUCCGAGGACAUACAUUUCAUCUUCUUUAUAUGAUCAUUCAUUUAUAUCUUAUUCUUUACCGAUAUCAUUGAAUCAAUUUACAAAGAAUUAUCAUUAUAGUAAUUCAUUAAUUCACAAUAAAAAGGAUCAAAUUCAUUUUAGAUCACCAUUAACUAUUUGUACAGAUUUAAAUCAUCAUGAUCUUAAUGAAUCUUUUAAAUCUUCUAAUCAUUAUGAUUUUGAUCCAGAUCAGUCAAAUUUAAUGUUUGAUAUAGAUAAUAAUAAUAAUAAUGAUAUUAAUAAUAGUUAUGAAUCUAAAAGAGAUUUAUAUAUAAACAAAACAAUCAAUAACAUUGAACUAAAUUCAUCAAAUCUAUUAACAUCCCAUCAAAAUACUCAUAGCUUUCCAGCAUCUAUACAAAAUAAUCAGAAUUCAAUUGAUGAUAAAUUAUUAAACUGUCAUCAGAACAUAUAAUUUCCGCUCUAUGAUAACAUUGAUGAUAUUGAUGAUAUAAAUUCAUUUUUCAAUAAAAUCGAAAUAGAUAAUGAUCCAUUCAAUGAUUCAAUUGAUCAAUUAUCCAAUAUGAAUUAUAUGAAUGAAAUCAAUUUCAAAAAUAAUCCAUUUAUAAUGAAUGAAAGAACAUUGAUACCAUUUACAUCAUCAUAUGAUUAUAAUAAUGAUAUAAAAAUAUCUAUGCAAACUAAUCACGUUGUGAAUCAUGAUACUACUCAUAUUGAUACUACUAAUACUACUCAUAUUACUAUUACUACUAAUACUACUUCAACUAUAAAUAGUAAUGUUAAUAAUAAUAAUAGUAAUGAUUAUAGUUAUGAUAAUUAUCAAUUACAUAAUGGUACUAAUUUUCUAUUUAACACAGAAUCUAUUUUAAAUAAUAAUGAAACUUUCAAUAAACCAAUAGAUUCAUCUAUUCAUCAAAUAAGUAAUAUAGAAUAUUUCAAUGACAGUAUAUAUAAGUAUAUAGAUGAUGAAACAUUGAAAUGUAUAAACCUCAGUGAUAAUAAUGAUAAUAAUAAUAAUAAUAAUAAUAAAAGUACAAAUAGUUUAUUACAAAAUACAUUUGAAAUGAUGAUGAUGAUGAUGCAUACUUCAAAUGAUACAAAUAAUACAAUGUAUAAUCAUAGAUCUAGUUUAAAUAAUUCAUUGAAUGAUUUUGAAAUGAUGCAUAAUGCAUUUCAUAGUUCACAAUUAUCCUCCUCAUUCUUAUCGUUAUUAUCACCGUCUUCAUUUUCCUCCUCCUCCUCUUCUUCUUCCUCAUCCUCCUCCUCCUCCUCCUCCUCCUCCUCCUCCUCAUCAUCAUCAUCAUCAUCAUCAUCAUCAUCAUCAUCAUCAUCAUCAUCAUCAUCAUCAUCAUCAUCAUCAUCAUCAUCAUCAUCAUCAUCAUCAUCAUCAUCAUCAUCAUCAUCAUCAUCAUCAUCAUCAUCAUCAUCAUCAUCAUCAUCAUCAUCAUCAUCAUCAUCAUCGUCACCAUCAUCAAUCACAUCUUUAUUAAAAUGAAAAACAUCAGCAGCUGAUCCAGAAUUUAUUCAUUCUAUUUCAUUGAAUCAAAAUCAAUAAUUAUAAGAUUCAUAGAAUCAAGUUACCCAUAUAUCUCCUUAUUGAUAAUUAAAACCACCUACCUAAAAGAAAUUUUAUUUGUGGAUAUAAAUAUAUCAAAAUUGCAUAGUAAUUAGUAGAAAUUUUGUUUUGUUUUCUUUUUUUUUGACACCCUUUUU